UCACCGCUAUAUAACAAGAGGGGGGGUUUCCUCUCCACCCCUUGGCCGCCUCUUUCCAUCUCAUUCAUUUGUCUCCCACCCAAUCUCAUACAGGAACUUCUCUCGCCGGUCGCCGGCGGCCUGGUUUCGGCGCCUGCUGCCGACCUAUGGCCUCCUCACCCUGCCUCGCCGGCGGUGAUGUAUCUGUGACUGCAGAGGACGGCCUUGGUCUCGGCAGGGAUGUCUCUGUGGCCGUCCUCUAUAGUGGAGGGACGUCUGGCCUUGGUCUCUGCAGCCGGCCGGCAAGUUGCCGGCUUUAGCCCUUGGCGAGGUCUCUGACAUAUGGCCUCGUACCUGGCCUCGCCGGAGGAGUCUCUUUGGCCGGCCUGUACAGUCGAGGGACGGUGUUGGUCUCUACAGCCGUUCCAUGGUGCCAGCUUGAGCCUGGCCUCUGACUGCGACGACUGAGGCAGGCGCAUGUGUGACCGGUUGAUUUACGACGGCGGCCACCUCCCAUGGUGUGUCUUGGCGACAUGCUAUCUGUGGCCUGCAUCAACGGUGGCCGUGUCCCACGCCGCCGGCCGUAGCAGCAAUCGUUCUCCUGGCUGGGUUGGCUUGUGCGGCGAAGGCCCGAGUCUACCAAUCCAGCCACUGGCGGCGCCCCGGUAUUCUUGUCAAGCUGUUUGAUUUGAUCCGGUCCGCCAGCCGUUGGAUCCGUCCGGUCCCGUCGGAUCCGUGGGUUCGUGACGGGUCGUUUCUUCAGAUCUGGGAUCUAACAACCGGUAAAAUAUUUUCAUCAUUGUCUUACCUUUUUUUUGUUUAUGUUUGUUUUUCUUUGUCGAUGUUUUAUCCUUUGGUUAAUUCCAUUUGUGUUUUAAUGUCUUCCAGCCUAUUAGUUUUUUCGAACGUUUUCUUCAAUUCUUUUUACUCUUACGAUUCUUCCGUACCAUUUAGUAGCAGCAGUAUUGUUUCGACACAUCCCUCACGGCGCAUUUCCCCUCUGUGUUUUAGCUAAAAAGUACUCCUGGUUUUCUCACUUCUGUGAUUCGGAUGGCCUUUUUUUUGAUGAAAUUCGAUUAUUUCUACCUCUCACAUUUCUGGCCCACUAGCCCGAUCAGAACCAUAAAAAUUACUGGAUGUUCCAAAACACGAACAAUUGGACACAGACCAUUAGCCUCAACGUGCUGGUGCCGGAUUUCCUUGCGAAACACGAACAUUUAGCCGCAGCACAUUAUCCUCGACACGCUGGUAUAAAUGAGCGAUACAGCCUCUCCGAUCUCUUCUUCUCCGCCAAAAUCACGAUUUCGCCGAGCACUUGCGCCGCCACCGCCACCGCCUAGGCCACGGCCACCUCCCCGAUCGGCGUGAUGUCUCAGUCGCCGGCGGCUCCCGCUCCCAAGGCGCCCGCUGCGGCGGGUCCCGCUCCCAAGGCGACCGCACCGGCUGGUCCCGCUCGCAAGGCGCCCGCAGCGGCGGGUCCCGCUCCCAAGGCGACUGCACCGGCUGGUCCCGCUCCCAAGGCGACCGCAACGGCGGCUCCUUCUUCCAAGGCGCCCUCACCUGCGGCUCCUUCUCCAGAGGCGCCCUCACCUGUUGCGCCAGCGGCACGCCCUUCAUACUCGUCUGUGCUAAGGUUGGUCUCCAACAAUUCUGAUGAGGACUUUGACCGUGAAGUUUAUAGGCUUGCGCACUUACGGCCACUUGUUUCUAAAGCUGCAUCGCAGCGUUCUCAAGCAAUGGUAGAUGAUUUUACCAAUUUUAGCUCCGAUGAUGAGUUUGAGUACAGUUCUGGAGUGCUGGUUGAUAGUGUUUUUGAUGUGUUGUGUGAUGACUUUUCUGAUGAGGAUUUUCAAUAUGAAGAAGUUGAUGCAAGGUAUUAUAGGGUCAGUAAGAGAACUCUCAAGGCGGGAGGCCUGGUAGGACUGGAAGGUGGAAAACUUGGUACAGCCUACUACAGGGCCUGAAAUAGAAAGUGAGGUCAUUUGCGGCAAGGAGAAGUCCAUAGCAAGAACAGCACAUGCCACAUUGGACUAGAAACCUACCUUUUCUAGCCAUCGAAAUCACCUUUUCUGCUAUAGUGCUAUUGCCGAUUGGAGUUGUUUUCGAUAUAAAGCUCCACAGAUACAUAGCUUCACAGCCAUCGAAGAUAGUUCGUACUUAGAAUCUACACUCUUUCAUUGUACAUUUUAACCUCGACCAUCGUUAACUUCAUAUUUGUUUGUAUCAUUGCAACGUAUGCUCCGUCGAUCUGCAUCAGAUUCUCUACUUUCUUUGACCAACAUCA